AUGACGCGCAUCGCUCUCAUCAUCGGCUCUACCCGCACCCCCAGAAUCGGGCCCAGCAUUGCCAAUGUUGUCCUCGAAAUAGUAAAACCACUGCUGCCUUCUGGCUCUACCCUCGAAAUCCUUGAUCUUAAAGACCACCCGGUUCCAAUGCACCUUUUCGAUGCCCCACCAGCGGGAGUUACUCCUGGAUCUUACCCAGAUGCUGCGACUAAUGCCUGGUCUGCGGUCAUCAGCAGUUUCGACGCCUUCAUUAUCCUUACCCCACAGCACAACUGGGGCUACCCAGCAGUCCUGAAACUCGCUCUCGACGCCCUCUACCACGAAUGGGCGAAGAAGCCUGCCGUCGUUAUCUCCUACGGCUCGCAUGGUGGGGGGAAAGCUAAUGCCCAGCUCCGCCAGGUCCUUUCUGGUCUGAGGAUGCGCGUCUGUGAACGAUUUGUGGAGCUGCCUUUUGCACGGGGACAUGAUCAAGCGGGCGCGGAAAUUGACUCUGCCACGAAUGACCGUUGGCGCAUAGAAAACAAGAAAGUGGAGCUUGUCCAGGCUUGGGAUGCAUUUAUGGCUCUGUGUGCAUAA